AUGUAUCGAUGUGUGCGCAUGGCUUCACCAGAUAGCUAUUAUCAAUGCAUCUUAUGGCGCGAUUCGCCUGAUAAAGAGCUGCAGAUUUUCAAGCUGGACACCGUUACUUAUGGCACGAAGGCAGCGUCAUUUUUGUCGGUUCGUGCAAUGCAUCAGCUGGCGCAUGAUGAAGCAGACUCGUUUCCGGUUGGAUCUGUUGCUUUGAAGAAUGAGUUCUACGUGGACGAUUUUAUAUCUGGGGCGAUUCAGUUGCUGAGGAAAUGGUGUUCCAGUCAUGCCGAAGUAUUGUCGGAGAUAGCUGACGACGAGAAAGAGUCGUACAUGAGGUUCAGCGAUGGUAGCGAAAUCACGAAAACUCUUGGCUUAGCGUGGGAUCCCUCAUCGGAUCGGCUGCUGUUCUCGCUGUCGUUCUUAGAAGCUGAUUCCAAGCUGUGCAGGCGGUCUGUCUUAGCCACAAUUGCACGAUUUUAUGAUCCGCUAGGACUUCUUGGACCCGUCAUGACAAAGUCCAAAAUAUUUCUACAGCAGCUCCGCAAGGAUAAGUUGACAUGGGAUGAGAGUUUGCCUUUGCAGCGAUACACAGCAGCAGCUUUAAUUCUUUCAUUCGCGAGAGCUGUUCUUGCUGCUGGGUGCCGUGUCGAAGUUCAUGGAUUUUGUGAUGCCAGCGAAGAGGCCUACGGCGCUUGCGUAUAUGUAGUGUCCAGUGGACGCACUUCUCAGAGUCAGCUGUUGUGCUCUAAAUCGGAUUCGCACCAAUUAUGCGGUGCUUAUCUUCUGGCCAAACUGCUUCAUGCAGUUAGAAACAUGGGUUUUCUUGAUGGGGACUUCUUUUGCUGGAGUGAUUCAUCGGUGGUACUCACAUGGAUCAAGGAUGAUCCAUACAAGUUCAACGUCUUUAUGGCAAAUCGCGUAGCGUCUAUUCAGGAUCUUACCGUCAACAUGAAGUGGCAACAUGUUCCCACGGCUUUGAACCCUGCCGACGUACUCUCCAGAGGUACAACUCCAGAAUGUUUAGCAGAGUCCAAGAUAUGGUUUCAUGGACCGGAGUUUCUUGUUGGAAAUCGAGAUGAAUGGCCUUCACAACGCUGUUUAGAGUCGUCAACGCUGGAAAUGCGUAGCAAGGUCAUGAUAGCCACGUCUCCUUAUGAUGAUAUCACUCUUCGUUGCAAGUACCUUAACACGUUUGCCUCAAUGCAGCGCGUAUAUGCGUUUGUGUUUAAAUUUGUUAAUCGUAUAAAGCAUCCAGGCCUCAACGUUGUAGAUGUAAACAAAGGCACAUGGCUGCUACUGCGAUUGGUGCAGUUGUCAAAUUUAUGGAGUGAUGUCAAGGAGAUUCGUUCGAAAGGCUUCGUCAAGAAAUCGAGUUCAAUCGCUUCUCUGUUGCCGUUCAUCGACCAAUUUGGACUUCUGCGUGUUGGCGGUCGUCUAGCCAAUUCAACUCUUCCCUUCGAUGCUCGCCAUCCUAUUAUAUUACCUCGACGGCAUCCCAUUACAUUGGCACUCAUCGCUCACCAUCAUAAAAAGAAUCUUCACGUUGGAACUGUGUCGAAGGUUGUUCGCAAUUGCAUCGAAUCCUUCCGGGCCAAGCCCACUGUGCUCGAAGCAAUUAUGGCCAGCCUUCCGAAGGAACGGUUUCUGAAUUCUCGUGCCUUUGCAAUAAGCGGAGUGGACUACUGCGGGCCGUUUUACUAUAAAUCUGAAGUUCGGAACAGACCCCCAAUCAAAUGCUACAUCAGCGUAUUCAUCUGCUUUGUUAGCAAGGCGAUUCAUCUGGAGUUGGUGAAGGAUUUGACAACUGCCGCCUUUCUGGGAGCGCUAAAGAUUCGUGUCACUUCCGAUCUUCAUAAGGAGUCAGUUCAUCGUGUGUGCCUGAUGGACAACAUCGAGUGGAAGUUUAUUCCUCCUCGUUCCCCACAUUUUGGUGGACUAUGGGAAGCAGCAGUCAAGAGCGCAAAGCACCAUCUGUAUCGCUCUGUUGGUCGCUCUAUUCUCAACUACGAUGAGCUUCGCACGCUCGUUUGCCAAAUAGCGGCAAUAAUUAAUAGUCGUCCAUUGCUAUCCAUUUCAGAGAGUCCUGACGAUUUGGAUGUGCUGACUCCCGCUCAUCUAUUGUUUGGUGGUCCUCCAACCGUGAUUCUGGAGCCCGACCUAACUACGUUGGACUACAAUCGGCUGGAUGGUUGGCAGCGUGUCACUCAACUGCAGCAGGUCUUCUGGAAUAGAUGGCGGGAGGAGUAUCUGACUCUUCUCCAGCAAAGAUCCAAUUGGCGCACUCCUGAUCGUCGUCUCCAAGUCAACGACGUGGUCUUGAUGAAGGACGAAAAUUGCCUCCUCUUCUGUGGCCGCUAG